AUGGAUUACUCUGCCUCGAUCAACGAUGCCGACAAUCCGGCUGGAGCUUCUCCAUGGGGAUCUUCUCCUACUAGCUCGCCGCAACCUCCAAGGACCAGCACAUUUCCUUCGAGAGAUAUCGUAUCGCCGACUCCGUACAACCCAGAUCAAAGCGGCGGUGCAGGCUAUCCACAGGAAGAUAUGAUUGGAGCAGGAGGUUUCAACCGGCCAGACAGCAGUGCUGGCGUAUCAGUCUCUGACGUUGAAAGUCGCAGGCCUGAUACUGCUGGAUCAACUCAAAGUGACGCCGAGGCACAUCAAGGAACGGGACAACAGUAUCAACAGCAAACAGCUCAGCAACAGCAGUAUCCAGCGGGUCAACAUAGAUCCGAACCUCAUAGAUAUCACCAUUCUUCUGCGCGACAAGGACAUCAUGCAUCAGCACCACAUUACAAGCUACAAGCAAAGAUUACUGGACUGGAGCGUACCGGGAGGAAAGAUCCUAUCUUGCGAUUCGAUGUACACACCAAUCUUCCGAAAUUUAGAACGACACAGUUUCGUGAUGUUCGAAGAACGCAUUCUGAAUUCAUUAAAUUAGCAGAUCAUUUAAUAUCGUCGAAUCCGGAAGCUAUAGUUCCCGCAGUUCCUCCCGCCUUGACAUCUGCUGGUGCUGGUACUGAUGAGGACGAAGCGCGGGUUAAAGCUUCUCUCCAGAGAUGGCUCAAUUACGUUUGCUCUAAUGACGUAUUAAUGAGGGAUGACGAGAUGGUUUUGUUUGUUGAGAGUCUUGGUCUAGCGGAGUCCGAUUUCGGCGUCAAAUUAGGCGCAAUGAAUAUCCAAGAGCCUCAUCAAGGCCUAGCUAAUGCAUACCGGAAGCUUGGAAAGACAAUUCAAAGUACGGGCGAUUUCCAUGCAGCACAAGGUACUGCUGAAGCUACAACAAUUGGCGAUCCACUUCAGUAUCACUCUCAAGAUGCAUUCAUCGUCAAGGAAACUCUUACGAAUCGGCAUAUUCUUCUGCGUGAAUUAAUACAGGCUCAGCAGUUAACUCGAAGCAAACUUAAUGCCGCGGACCGCUUAAAGGCCAGCUCAUCUGUCAGAAGGGAGAAAGUUGAUGAGGCCAUAUCAGCUCUUGACGAGGCACGCAGCAAUGAAGUUUAUCUUCACAAUAAAACCCAACGUGUUACAGCAAAUUUAUUGCUUGAAAAACAAAGGUGGUUCGCUCGAACUGCCACAGAUUUAAGACUAAGCAUUCGAGAAUAUGUGAUUCGUGAGAUUGAAGCAGAGCGACGGACAUUGGCCACCUUAGAAAGCAUCAGACCCGACAUACGAGCGAUCGAUGCCUCUGGUGGACUUAGCCGGUUGGGUAGAGAAUCACACCCAGCAGCAAGAAGAGCCAGUCUCGCAGCUAGUCAAGGACCUAAAGGUGAUUCGUGGUCUGGUGUUCCAAGACGCCCUGAUGGACUUAACCGGAGCAUUUCAGGCAGUUUCAUGUCCACUCCCGAAGGCGCAAAUGGUGAAGAGGAGGGUGUGGGUCGUGAGAGGUCGCUCAGUGGCAGUACUGGUGGAUUGCCGGGUUUGAAAGAAGAAGAUGACGAGGACAGAGUUGAUGCGAGGAAUGCGGCCUCGAGGUUGGCUAAUGUUCUAUGA